AUGACGGUUUCAGACAAGCUGAGACUGCCGUGCUGGGACUCGGUGCAAGGAACAGAUCCCAGGGUGGUUGAGGGAUGUCCCGAACAGCAUGACUUGACAAGGUCUGUGUGCUCUGGGUCACGCAGUGAAGGAGUUGCCAAGCAGCUGGCCGCUUUCCGACAGCCACACUUCACCCCAAUUCAGUACCUUGUCUUCGUUAAGGGCAUAAGAUCAUCCGGAGAGGCUUCUGUUGGUGUGACUCAGGGGUCUGAAUGUGUUUCGUCCAGGGGCCUGCCUCUUGGUGUUGUACUUAUUGGAGACUCCGGAGUAGGCAAGAGUAACCUUCUGUCUCGAUUCACUCGCAAUGAGUUUAACUUGGAAAGCAAAAGCACCAUUGGAGUAGAGUUUGCAACAAGAAGCAUUCAAGUUGAUGGGAAGACAAUAAAGGCUCAGAUAUGGGACACAGCAGGGCAGGAGCGAUACCGAGCUAUAACAUCAGCGUACUAUCGCGGAGCUGUAGGGGCGUUAUUGGUGUACGACAUUGCUAAGCACCUUACUUACGAGAAUGUAGAGCGAUGGUUGAAAGAGCUGAGAGACCAUGCUGACAGCAAUAUUGUAAUCAUGCUUGUGGGAAACAAGAGUGACUUGCGCCACCUGAGAGCAGUCCCUACAGAUGAGGCCAGAGCUUUUGCAGAGAAGAAUGGUUUGUCAUUUAUCGAGACGUCUGCUUUAGACUCUACAAAUGUGGAAGCAGCUUUCCAGACUAUUCUGACAGAGAUCUAUCGUAUUGUUUCCCAGAAGCAGAUGUCUGACAGACGCGAAAACGACAUGUCUCCAAGCAACAACGUGGUUCCCAUUCACGUCCCUCCGACCACUGAAAACAAACCAAAGAUGCAGUGCUGUCAGAAUAUAUAGAAUUGCGCGUUCUUUCCUAACAGGCUGUGUAUAUUCCCCAGGUCCAAGGUUUAAAUAUAUUUGUAAUUCUCGUGGUUACUUUCUUGUGUUUAGUUACUGCUUAUCCUUUCUGAAUUUCUCCAUGUCUUAAACACUUUGAUUUCAGUGUUUAUAAAUCCGUUGCUUCUGUGUGGCUGCAGUAUUUUUCCCAACACCGACUUGUCGGUUUUGGUUCAGUAGAUUGUUCGGAACUGAUCUGAUCUCUUUCCAACAGGAUGCCCGCUAGUCAGAGCAGAUGCCGUUAGUGAGCACUUGAAGAUGUUACUCAGCUCCUCGCAAAACAAUUACUGUCAGGUUAGCUAGGAAAUUAUCGCUGGGCAGGGUGAUCUUUCCUUGUCUGAAAGUGUUGCAUACUGCGUCUGAAGCUUGUUGAAAUGCCCGUUGCUCUGAAGUGCAAUUUUAAUGU